AUGAGGUCUCUACGCCUGACGCUAGCCGCUUCCCUGGCUCUUUUGUGGGCUCCACAGGUGUCUGCCUACAGCAGCUAUGCCCAGUCUCAGCCAAGAUACUGGAACACCUCUUCAUGUUCUACCGAUUCUACUGUGACACAUACUAGUACUGUGUCUCUGCACAGCAGUGACCCUGACGCUUAUGUGGAUGAGACCGUCACACCAACUGUUACUGGUACAGACAACAUCGGAGCCACCGAUAUUUCUUACAUCACUAUUACUUCCACCUACACUGACUGCAACUACCACAGCGAGUGCUCCACCUGGACAACGACCGAGCUGAUUGGUUCUUACACCACGACUAUUUCAGGCCAUGUUACUGUCGUGACCGACCUGAAGCCUUUGACCGGUGCUUCGAGCGAUGGAACCAAUGUUCUGCCAACAGAGACCGGAUCUGCGUCUCUGAGUAAGUCUUCGACGGUUUCCACGGCAACUGCUCCGGAAACCACCACCGAAACCAUCACCAGUUGCUCUGCCGGUAAAUGCUCGACAUGGACCACCAAGGAGCUCGUUUCCGACUACACCACCACGAUCUCGGGCCACGUCACCGUGGUGACCAGCCUGAUUCCGCUGUCUGGAGAGUCUUCCACACAAAACGCAGGAACAACCGUCACUGCGCCAGAAACCACCACAGAAACAAUCACCAGCUGCAAGUCCGGAAAGUGCUCUACAUGGACCACUGAGGAGAUUGUGUCUAGUUACACAACCACCAUUUCCGGCCAUGUGACCGUGGUGACGACUCUGUGUCCGCUUUCCGGCUCGUCCACGGCCUCUGAAUCCGCAUCCGCCGCCAAAACCACAACCACAACCACCUCCGCAUCUCUUUCCGAAGUUCUCUCAAGCUACACAACCACCAUUUCUGGCCAGGUCACCGUGGUAACCACGCACUGUCCUGUGUCUACCGGUGCUCUUACCAGCUCGAAGGGUGCUGGCGGAGGAUACGAGGUCACCACCUACACCACCACUAUUGGAAGCCUGACCACUGUUGUGACGACUGUUUGCCCAGCCAGCUCCGUGUCGGCCUCCGUUUCGAAGGCCAGCUCUUCUGCUGUGCCAGUUUCGUCGUCCACGAGCGGCGCCAGCAGCGCCAGCUCUUCAGGAGCCGUCACCGUGAUCACAACCGAUGUCGAGGGUGUGACCACCGUGCUCACCACCGUGUGUCCCGAGAGCGAGACGGCCAAGUCAAGCAGCGCAGUGCCAAGCAGCUCGAGCAGCUCGAGCAGCUCCAGCAAAGUCGAGUCUACCUCCACCUCCUCCACUGCCACCACUGCCUCCAGCUCCAGCUCCACCGCCUCGACCGUGGAACUGGCGCUAGAGUCGACAGUCUCGGUGCCUGUGGAAACGGAAGCUUCUGCCUCGCAAGUCGUCUACACCUCCACCAUCUCGAGCGUGCCAGUGGUGCUCACAACAGCCACCCCAGUGUCGGCCCAAAGCAGCACCCUGUCCACCUCGAAAACUACCGGAUCCAGCACCGCCGUGUCGAUCUCCACCUUGGAGGCCGGCGCAAGCAAGAUCAGCCUCGGCGUGGGACUCCUCUCGAUGGUGUACGGACUACUCUAUGUACUAUAA